CCAAACCCUCCGCAGCAUCCGCUACUUGUUCACGGCUGCAUGGGGAAGCUCAUGCUGACGUCCUCUUAUUGACCUCCCCUCCCCCCUCAGCGAUGCAAAAAUACUGCUUCAUUCAUUCAUGACCAUGGCGCUCGCUGGGGAGGACGACCCCUUCAAAGACCCUUCGCUAGCCGGCACCCAGACGCCGCUGUCUCAACAGGACCACGGGGACCGCGUCGCGGGUACGACACUCGCUGUAGGCAGAAAUGCCUCGUUGACCCUAGGCACAGACUCUUUAAUUGUCUUAGAUGAGGGCCUACUCGAAACACGAAGCGCAAACUGCUGCGGCAUCAGUCUGACCCCAGGCAAGAACAAAACCACUCGCUCGAUCCCUUUCUUCAACAUUCUCUGGGCCGAACAUUCCGAAGACGGAGAGAUUGUCAUUCACUAUGCACAUGCCGAGUCAAAACACGCAGUCCGUCCCGCCAUCAUUAGCUAUGAACUCGAACAGAAGGAGCGCGAAUAUACGGAUGCAUGGAUAGCGAGUCUCCUCGAUCGCGCGUACGGCCCCUCGCAGCGUCGGAAGCGGAUUAAAGUCCUCGUUAACCCGUUCGGCGGGAAGGGGAAGGCACAGAAGCUAUACCAUAGGCGCAUUGCGCCGAUAUUCGCGGCUGCACAAUGCGAGCUAGACGUGGAGAGAACGCAGUACAACGGACACGCUGUUGAGAUUGCGCAGAACAUUAACACGGAAGCAUACGAUGUCAUCGCUUGCUGCUCUGGCGACGGGGUCCCGCACGAGGUUUUCAACGGGCUAGGCAGGAAGGACGACGCCGCUCGAGCGCUGGCGAGAAUUGCUGUCGCGCAGCUGCCCUGCGGUUCCGGAAACGCUUUAAGUUUAAACAUGAAUGGAACGAACAGUCCCAGCCUUGCUGCGUUAGCCGUCGUCAAAGGCCUUCGCACGCCACUUGAUCUGGUGUCUAUAACGCAGGGCGACAAGCGGACGCUGUCCUUCCUCUCCCAGUCCGUUGGUAUCGUCGCCGAAACCGACCUGGCUACCGAGCAUCUUCGGUGGAUGGGAAGUGCGCGCUUCACCUGGGGUUUCUUUGUCCGUCUCGUUGGAAAGACAAUAUAUCCAGCCGACAUCGCCGCGAUGGUCGAAGUUGACAACAAAGACGCAAUUCGAGAUGUCUACAGCGCCGAGUCUUCAAAGCCUCCCCCCAGCUAUGACGACCGCCCCGUUCCCGGUACCGAAACGCGCCUCCCAAACCUCAAAUGGGGAACAGUCAACGACCCCUUACCCUCAGAAUGGGAGCUCGUUCCCCACGACAAACUGGGCAACUUCUACGCCGGAAACAUGGCGUACAUGUCGCCCGACGCAAACUUCUUUCCUGCCUCUCUUCCUUCAGAUGGCUGCAUUGAUCUAAUCCGCAUCCGAGGCGACAUAAAGCGUCUCACGGCUAUCGGUACUCUCCUCGCUAUUGCCGAGCACAAAUUUUUCGACCUCGAUCACGUUGAUUAUCAGAAGAUCUCCGCAUAUAGAAUCAUCCCUAAAAACCAACCGGAUGGCUAUAUCAGCAUUGAUGGAGAAAGGGUGCCCUUUGAGCCAUUUCAGGCGGAGGUCCAUAGAGGUUUAGGGACGGUGUUGAGUCGGAGUGGGCAUAUGUAUGAGGCAAAGGGGGUGUGAUACAUUGGUGGGCUCGGAGCCACGACUGGGUAGUGCUGUAACUGUUUUGGCGUUUUUAUAAGAUUUGAGGGGUUUUUGGUUUGCACUUUUGGUGCUCUUGGUUUGGGUCGGUCUGGCCAUUUGUAGACUCUUGAAAUACCCUGGAAAUAUGGAGGAGCUAUGUAUAAUCUCUGGUUUUAGAUAUUCUUGCUUUUAGAAGCCUUUAGUGUUGUUUUGUGUAUUAAUUUGGCUGCUAUGCUAUUAUCGCUUC